GUCUGACGUGAGGGCGCAGCGAGCGGUCCUGUAGUUGUUGCUGGAGCCGGAGAGAAAGGGGUCUGUUCGUGGAUCCGGGAAUCGGGCCCCGCUCCAAGGAAAAGAAUUUAUAACUCUUGCUGAAGCUGUUGUUGGAUGAUGCAAUAUCCAGGGAGGCUUUGAGUCUCCAGUGAUCACCAUGGAAAAAAGGUGAAAAUUCUUAGCCAAGAACAUAAGGGAAGGCAGACGUAGACUUUGGAUAUUUCUAACGUGCUGUCAAUUUAAUGGAACAAGAGGAUAAAUGGGAUCCACAGAGACAGACUGCCUUGUAAUUUCUUCAUUGGUGGAUGUAGAAUACGUCCCUGUGCAUUGGCUGUAGAUUACAACACUGGCCAAAUCAGUCACUUUUCCUCAUGGCCCACAGCAGCACCCUAGCAGUUCCAUUACUAUUUCUGGCAUUGAAGAUCUUCAGAUGUGGAGCUGAAGAAGUAUCGUGUUGUUAUCAAGCAAGGGAGUAUCCAAUUUGCAGAGAUGCCUGUGAUCAGCUAACGUCCACAAAAAGUGAGUCUCGGCUGAAACACCUUCUGCAACGAUUACCUGGUUACUGCCCAGAGUCUCUGCUUGAAUUCUGGGUUUGCAUUAACUCUUCUUUACCUGGAGCAUCAAAGAAAACUGAAGGCUGGGUUGGCUUGGGGUGUUGUGAAUUGGCCAUUGCUGGAGAAUGUCGACGUGCAUGUAAGCAGGCUUCUUCAAAGAAUGACCUUAAGAGCUGUAGAAAGGAAUUUGAGACUGCUUUCUUCAGCUGUGUGAACAGAAAUGAGAAGGGAUCCCUGUGUUGCAGCUAUGCAGGCCGACACACAAACUGUAGAGAAUAUUGCCAAGCUAUUUUCCGUACAGAUUCUUCUCCCACACAGUCGCAGAUUAAAGCUGUAGAAAACUAUUGUGCCUCCAUCAGCCCACAGCUUAUCCAAUGUGUCGACAACUAUACUCGCUCAUAUCCAAUGAAAAAUCCCAUUGAUAGUUUAUAUUGCUGUGACCGAGCAGAAGAUCCAGCUUGUCAGACAACUUGUCAAAGAGUGCUGAUGACAAAAUCAACAGAUCAAGAAAUUGUUGACGGACUUAUUGAAGGGUGUAAGAAAAUGCCUCUGCCUCAAGAUCCACUCUGGCAGUGUUUUCUAGAAAGCUCUGGAUCGAGUAACCCAGAUAAUAGUACAAAUGGGUUGCCUGCUACAGCUGUUGAUGGUGCGAAGUUGCACUGUUGUUCCAAAGCAAACACUUCUAUCUGCAGGGACCUGUGCACUAAGUUAUACAGCAGCAGGUGGAGAGGCACAACUCACUGGCAAGAGUUUGAUAGGGUCUGUGAAUAUAAUCCUCUGGAAGCUGCAAUGUUCACAUGUUUGGCUGAUGUCAGAGAACCAUGUCAGCUGGGUUGUCAAGGUCUCAAGUACUGUACUAAUUUUAACAACAGGCCCACAGAAUUAUUCCGCAGUUGCAAUACACAGUCAGACCAAGGAGCCAAGAAUGACAUGAAACUCUGGGAGAAAGGGACCAUAAAGAUGCCAUUUAUGAACAUACCAGUGAAAAAUAUUAAGACCUGUCAACCAGACAUGUGGAAAGCAAUUGCCUGCUUAUUACAAAUCAAACCGUGCCACAGCAAGUCUGGAGGAAGUAUAUGCAAGUCAGACUGUGUAGAAAUUCUUACAAAUUGUGGAGAUCAUAGUAAAUUUCCAGCAGGGCAGACCGCUGAAACAAUUUGUAAUCUUUUGUCCCCAGCUGAUGAUUUCAAGAAUUGCAUUCCACUCAAAAAAUAUCUUGCUCCAAGUCCUUUCCACAACAUUGUUGAAGAAGUCAUUCAUCCUUGUAACCCUAAUGUGUGCCCCAAUAACCAUGUGUGUGAAGUAAAUCGAAAGGGAUGCCACCCUGGACAAGACUGUCUUCCCUACUUGUGUGUCCCAGGAUGCAAGCUGGGAGAGGCUUCUGAUUUCCUUGUACGGCAGGGCACCCUGAUUCAGCUUCCUGUGGCAAAUGGAGAAAUGGGUUGUUACAGGGUGUGCACUUGCGGCCCAAGUGGACGGUUGGAAAAUUGUCUGGAGAUGCCUUGUAUUGACAUUCAAAAAACCUGCAUUGUAGGAGGCCAGAGGAAAAGUCAUGGAACAUCUUUUAACGUGGACUGCAACAUAUGCUCAUGUUUUGCUGGGGACCUAAUUUGCUCAAAUCGUCAGUGUUUGAGUGAAUACAGUUCUCAGACGGAUCGGAGUAUGUUCACAGGUCUUCCCUGUAACUGUGCUGACCAGUUUGUACCGGUUUGUGCUCAUAAUGGACGUACAUACCCAAGUGCUUGUAUUGCAAGAUGUGUUGGACUGCAAGACAAUCAAUUUGAAUUCGGACCUUGUAAAUCCAAAGAUCCAUGCACUCCCAAUCCAUGUUCCAAAAGUCAAAGGUGUAUUCCAAAGCCAAAGGUUUGUCUGACUAGCAUUGCAUUGCUUGAUUGUGACCAAUACGAGUGUAUCUCAAGAUCAAUGAGUUGUGAGCUGCUUCCAGUUGAACCUGUUUGUGAUACAGAAAACGUGGAACACUCCAAUCGGUGUGCCUUGUACCAAAGAGCCAAAACAUUAUCCUACAUGGGCCCAUGCCAGGAUAUAUGUAGGCAGCAGUCUGUCUGUGGUCAUAAUGGUGAGACCUAUGAUAACGUAUGUGCUGCUUACUCCGAUCGUGUGGCAGUGGAUUAUGUUGGACGUUGCCAAGCUGUAGGCAUUCUCCCCAGUAACAAUUCUCACCCAGAGUGCUCAUCUGUCACAUGUUCACCGCUCCCCAGCAAUGGAUGCAAACCUGUCACUCCACCCGGAGCCUGUUGCCCACUGUGUGCUGGAAUGCUACGUGUAUUAUGGAGCAAAGAUCAGUUGGACCGCCUUGCGAAGUUAAAUGGGGGACGACCAGUCUCUGUACACGACAUCAUUUAUAUUUUGCGUUUCCAUGUUUCCGUACCUCAGUGUGAUGUUUUUGGCUACCUUAGUAUAGAAUCUGACCUCGUGAUCCUCAUCAUUCCAGUUGAUCAAGAUCCAACAACAUUACAAAUUGAGGCUUGCAAUAAAGAGGCUGAGAAGAUUGACUCUCUCAUACAAUCUGGUAGUCCAACUUUAAUGGCCCAUGUACCUCUGUCAGCACUUACCACCUCACAGAUGCAAGUUUCAUUACUGGAUUCAUCUGACUCUGCAAAGACAAUCCUCUCCUCACGUGCACUUUUACUAAGCCUAGUGGUUGCUUUGUCAGGAUUUUUAUGAUUCAGAAAGACAUUGCAUCUCAUAAAAUCAGGACAAGUCUGUAUUUAACUUGCUCUUGUGGAAUGCAUGCUUCAUGGCUGAACUACAACUCCCUACAUAGUAAAUAUAGAGGAAGAGAAGCCAAUGAGCUAUACAAAACUUAAAUUUUGGCAUCUUCUAAAUGCAAGUAGAAUUCAAAAUAUAUCUUUAUAGAGGCCUUUUUAUGAAGGGCUUUGUUUAUUUUAUUUAAAAUGAUUGCAGUUUAAAUUAGUUAGCUAUAGUGCAUUUAUUUCUUAGAACUGUUCGAUUAUAGUUUGUAUUGUGAAGUGCAACUUGACAUAAAAUAGGGAAUUGAUUGAAUUCAAUACCGAAAGAUUGACAUGAUGCAAUUUGAUCAAUAUUGCAUCAGUUUAAAUCAUGUAUUAAGUUUAUAAUCUAGAGCACAAGCGGGCCUUUUGACCCAACAGGUAUGCAUCAGUGUUUAAAUUCCAUACAACUGUAAUAACUAAUAGUAUUUUUCCGAGAAUGAUUUCUUUUAACCUCCUCCAUUACACUUACAGCAUUGAUCCAAAUUCACAUUCCUCAUGUUCAGUUCUUCAUUUUUCAUUAUUUUUGCUGUAGUGAACACAGCCCUGGUUGUCUUAUCAUAUCUCUCGGACUAGCUCGCUCCAAUGUAAAAUUGACUUGUUACCAUUUUCUGCUUUCUUCCUUUUAAUUAUGCUUACACAUGUCACCUAUUUUGCCCUUAAUAGUUUGGGUGUUAAAUUUUGUAACAUGUUUCUUAGUUCUUUAUCAAAUUUUGUUCAGAAAUUCUGAAUUUCCUACAUCCAGUGCAAAAGUUUUGUCUAUAGACUUAACAAUUUUUGGAAGAAUUUGAGUAAUGGGCUGAAUCUUGAGCUACCCUUAAAUCCAUUAGCACAUACAUUUCUAAUGCUCCCCCUAUUUACAAUCUCCAGUAGUUGUUCGGCCACUAAUGUGAGUGUUAUUAAGCUGUAAUGAUGUUCAUGAACCCUGAGACCUAAGCACACUUGCAAUCCUACAAGAAACUUUGUGAAAUUACCUCUGCUAUUGCAGCUGUAAUCAGCCUAUUUUCUGAAGGAUGCACUCUCUAGGGCAGGAUCAUUUGUUAAUUUAAACUAGAUUUAUUUAAUGCAAUUUACUUGCUACUUUUUAAUAGAACUAUUGGUCCUAUACGUGCUUCUUAGGACUUCACCAGUGCAUUUAUCUGUAUUCACAGAGAUUAGAAACUGAAAGAAUACGUGAUGAUGUUAAAACAGAAAUAGCUGGAAAAACUCAGCAUACCUGGCAGCAUCAACCAGUUCUAUUAAAGGGUCUCUAGACCUGAAAUGUUAAUUCUGCUUUCUCUCCACUAUGCUGUCAGACUUGCUCUGUUUUUCCAGCAAUUUCUGCUUUUGUUUCUGAUAUCCAGCAUCUGCAAUUCUUUGAUUUUCUGUAAUCAUGCUGUUUGCACUUUACAAGCCCCAUUGCUUUGUUGACGGUGUUUUUCGGAGGUCAAUUUAUUGAUUAUUAUCCUUCUCUCUGUCAGUCAGACUCAGUUGGUGGCAAAAACUUCCCUGAACCAUAAAGUUCUUAGUCCAAGCCCCAUUCACGGCUCAAGCACAAACUACAAGGCUGAUACUCCAGUGCAUUACUAGGGAAAAUAUUGCACUGUUGAAGGUGCCCUGUUUUGGAUAAGUCAUUAAACCAAAGUCCUAUCUGCCUGCUUCAGUGAAUAUAAAAGAUCCAGUGGCAUUAUUUCAAAAUGAAAACAGCAGAGAAGUUAUCCUCUGUGUCAUGGCCACUAUUUAUUCCUCAAUCCAAAUUACCAAAAAAAAAAAUUAUCUGGCCAUUAUCGCGUUGCUUAACAGUGACUGCAUUUCAAUAAGUAGUUCAUUGGCUUUCAAAUGGUAGUGAGAGUUGGUGUAUAAGUGCAACUCAUCUUCUAGCCAUUCAAAACACAUUUUUAAAAAAAGAAUGCUUUUUUUAGUUGCUUUGACUAUUUCUACUGGUUAACCUGAGGUUAUUUUUGUUAGAUCAAAAACAGAAUUGCUUGGACACAUUCAGCAGGUCUGGCAGCAUGUGUGGAGAGAAAGCAGAGUUAACACUUUAAGUCCAGAGAAUCUUCAAUCUCCAGAACAGUCCAGUUCUGAAUAAGAGUCACUGAAAUCAAAAUAUUAACACAUUCUCCACAGAUGCUACCAGACCUCCUCCUCCAGCAAUUUCUGUUGUGGUUUCAGCUUUCCAACAGCUACGGCUCUUUCUGUUUUUAUAUUUUCUUAUUUUGACUUCAUCUUGUUCAUCCAAGGUACCUGUGCUCCUGCUCUCAUAUUUUCAGUUGCACUGUACCUAUUUUCACACUUAACUGUUUUCUGUUGUUUCUUUAUUAUUUCAAUCUGCCAAUCUUACCAUCUGAUUAGGUGCUCUUUACAUUGUGUGCUUCUUUGUUCCAGGUUCUUUGUAUCUCCCUUACUCCUCCUCUCAUUUGCUUUCAUUGAACUUAGUCUUUAUUGCAAAGGUACCCAACUCUUUGAACGCCUAAGGUCAUUUUCAAACUUCAGAACACGUACAUAUUUUAUAUUUGUAGUUCAAAAUGCUGGAACUUCCUGGUGAAUGUCAUUCUGUAACAAACACUAAAGUCCUAUACAAUGACACUAUUCAUUUCUCAGUGAAUACGUUUGAAGAUACAGGAGCAAUGCUUAACCCCUCUUGGUACUAAUCAUAUCAUCUGCUUGAUUUCCAGUAGUACAGUCAGAAAUUUGAUUGAAACCUGGAAAAUAUCCCCCAAACCAUAUCCAGUUUAUCAAAUUAUUUAUUGACUAGCCCUCCCAUGUCCCAAGGGCGCUAAAUGAACACAGCUAAAAUUUUGUACCCACAGUUUUAAAGGGAGACCAGAGAUAUUUGUGUAUAUGCAAAUCUUUGAAAUCGGCAGUACAAGUUGACUUUGUUUUUAAAAUGCAGAAUCCAGAAACCUUUGCAUGUAGCUUUACAUGCAGGUAGAGAGUACAAAAGGAAUGAAAUUAUGCUGUAAGUUUUAUGGAUCACUCAUGAUUUUCCCACUGGUAUAUGCUUUUGAAAACAAAUCAAAGUAUUAGGAUACACAGGAAAACUAUUAGAAUUGUACCAAAGAUAUGGAACUUCUUUCACAAAAGGAUAAAAGAAUUUUGGGCUCUUUGCUCUCUGAGCAGAGAAGGUCACAAGGAUCUUAUUCAUUUUUAAUCUCUUCAAGAGUUUUGAAAGAGUAAAUAAGGAGAAGCCUUUUUUCCAGUAGCAGAAGAGUCAGUAACUGAAGGACCCAGAUCUAAGAUUAUUGAUAAAAAGAACCAGGUGCAAGAUGAGUUCUUUUUAACUGCAGGUUGUGAUCUGAACUGCACUACCUAAAAAGCUGCUGGAACAAUUCCAUUAACAAAUUUAAAAGGGAAUUGGAUAAACAUUUCAAUGGAAGACUUUAUAAGAUCUGAAUGAAAAGCCCACUGAUGUGAAACAAAUUGAGUAGCUCUUUCAACUUGCUAACACUUGCACAAUGGGCUAAUGGUUUCCACCUGUUCUAUUGGAUAUUAUGAUUUUUAAUUCAUUCAGUGAAUCUGGACCUUACUGACUAAGUAUGCAUUAAUACAGUUCUGUCAUUUCAUUUGAUUAAGUUUGUCCUGAACUCUAGAGGUUAACCAAGGUAGGAAACUAACUGUUCAAUUCCCAUUGUUCAAUUCUAUCCAAAUGCAUUUCACAGAUUGUAAUAUCAUCAUAGAUCCCUACAGUGUGGAAGCAAGUCAUUCAGCCUGUCAACACCACAUUGACCCUCUGAAGAGCAUCCUACCCAAAUUCACCCCCCUACUCUAUCCCUGUAUUCCUGCAUGUCCCAUGGCUAAUCCACCUAGUCUGGAUGUCCCUGGACACUGGGGCAAUUUAGCAUGGUCAAUCCGUCUAAGCUGCACACCUUUGGACUGUGGGAGGAAACCGGAGCACCCGGAAGAAACCCACGCAGACACAGAGAGAAUGUGCAAAUUCCACGCAGAUGGUCACCUGAGGGCGGAAUUGAGCCUGGGUCCCUGGAGCUGUGAGGCAGUAGUCCUAACCACUGAGCCACCAUGCUGCCCUCAACACCAAAGUAUGAGCCAAUUUUACAAAUUUGCUUCAGUGCUGAUCUUCCCAACCAAGGAGCAUAUUCAGACAAGUAGGUGACAUUCAGUACAAGCUUUUAGUCUUAGUUCCUGGAAAGCCUCCUGAGUCAUUGACUUCACACUUGAAUACUUGAUGUACACAGCUACCAUCAAAAUACAACAUUUCAGUGGGUGUUUAGUAAACUUCACCCUGAAAGAGUUUCGGCAGAUCAGAUGCUCGAGCUUUUUACAACAAGUAAACAGAACUGCCUGCUUAACCUGCUCCUCUGAUGCAGCUGGGCCUGCUGUGUUCAUCCAGCUCUGCAUCUUGUUAUCUCUGCCUGCUUAACAUGUUAGCUACAAAGUGAACAGACAUUUAGCAUGCUGUAACUCAGAGAUCUAGACAACUGGCACAUGAAUGAACAUUUAAAUUUAAAUAAUUUUAGUUAAGAUUUUUAAAGUAAAGAAAGAGACCAACUGCUUGUUGCUAGCCCAUAUUCUGGUGCCUGAGAGGGAAUGUUUACUUGUGAUUAGUUUGAUUUACUGCAACCAAGUUUUAUCUGAGCUGUUAACGGUGUCUCUUUGCCCAAGGAAUGGGGCGAAUCUGACUAGAUUUUUGGCAGUACUAGUGCUGGCAAGAAGGUUACAGUUGUAUGAAUCAUUUGUUGAAGCACUAUGGUAAUUUAUUGGUCAUUUGGUAAUAAAACUGCAUUUUCAAAUGAGGAGGAGCUUUUUUUUAAAUGAAAGGAUUUCAGAUCAUAUUUGUUUCCAAAAAUUCUUCUUCAAAUUGUUGAAAAGGUUUGUGCUUUCAUCUUUCACCCACGUUCAGAGUUGUCUUUAGUACAGUUCAUGUUCAAGUGGCUUCAUGAAAAUUUUCAGUUAGAAAAGCGGAGUUUCUUUCAUCAGAAAGAAAAACAGAUUUAUACAGAAUAGAAACGAGGUGACACUUGAACUUAGUUUUGUUAAUAUUAGCUCAGGAUUUUGAAAUAUUAUCAGGACAAUGAAAGAAGUGAAUUAGUUAGAGCUUUCAGACCCAGAGUGCAUGUGUAUUAUAGUCGGAGUAUUGGAGCAGGAGGAUAAGGCAGACAAUUCCCUAAUGCAUGUAAACUUCAUAACCAUUGACCCACAUUUCUAGUCUUAAUUCCAUUUCCUAAUGGGUUUGAUUUCAGUUUCUGUCAAUUCUCCAUCUCUUAACUGACAAACACAGCUUACUUGGAGCAUGAAAGGUAUCAUGGCUUUUCAAACCUGCUGCUCAGCCAUUGUAUACUCUUCACAGCUGGCUUAAUGAUUAUUUUGUCCUAUUAUAACCAGUUAAAGAGCUCUUUAGUUGCAUGAAAAAAUGUUAAAAAACCAUCAUUACAGUGGCAUUGUGAUAAUUUGCCUUCUCUCGUUGAAUAAGAUGCAAGGUUUUACAACCAUAAACCUUUUUUUUAAUUUGUGAGUUGAACAUUAUAUUAAAUAUUGGUAUUUACCAUUUUUCAACAAAAGUGAAAAAUACAGCCCUUAACCUUUAAGAGAUAUUAAGAACCGCAGAUGCUGGAGUUAGAGACAACACGGUAUGGGGUUGGAGGAACACAGCAGACCAAGCAGCAUCGGAGGAGCAGAAACGUUGACGUUUUAGGUCCCAACUGAAAUCGUCAACUUUCCUGCUGCUCUGACGCUACUUGCCCUGCUGUGUUCCUUAACCUUUCAUGCAGUUUUGUAACAUUGUUAACUUUGUGUUUCCUAAUUAAUGUUUAGGUUUAUUGAACUUUUCUUUUGGGGAGAUUUAUUUAUAUUUUGUUUCUUUUGUGUUUAAUUCUCCCAAAUUUGAAAAGAGAGAAAGUAACAAUGGCUAUAAGGAAGCAUAAUUGAAUUGGGUGAUUGUUCUGUGAAAAUGGUUACAUUUCCCUUGAUCUUCGAACUCUAUUUUCUAUGAUAGUUUGAAAUCCUGUUGUUCUGAACAACAUCCAAAUUGUUCACCUUAUGUUUCUCACUUAACUGAUUUAGCAUACUCCUCAGGAUGCUUACCAAAUUAGAUUAGAUUUGUUGAUGUCUGCUUCGCUUUCCACCUUUCGACUUUCAAAAUUACAGAAUAUUAGUGGAAUCAAAGGAUUUUGGAAUUGACAAGAAAUUAGAGUUGAGGCCAUAAUCGGAUAAAUCAUAACCUUUUCAUGGCGGAGCAGGCUGGAGGCUUGAAUUACCUACUCCUAAUUCCAGUUAGUAUGGUUUUUAUUUCAUAUGAUAUUUUUAAAUUAGUUGUCCUCGUAACAGUAACAUCUACAUUUAUUUCAGCUGCACAAUUUGUUCAAUCACUUACUGUGUUAAUCUCCUUUACAGUAACCGUGUAGCUCCUAAAAUGGUGUGCACGAAUUUCUGUGAGUCAUGCAUCACCUAUAGCAUUGCACCUUAGUUGCUGUGUCGUGAUUGGUUUGUGAGCUUUCUUGUAAAGGCAUUCUCAAUAUUUUUGCAUAGGUUUGUUAAAAACCCUGUCCUAUGCCAGCAAUUUUAUAAUUAUUACUGGCCUGAAGUUCAAAUUGUCUUGCAUGAAAUCCAUUGAUUCUUCAUGCUGUGGUUUGUACUUGCACCUACUGUUUAGGUUUGGUAAACGUGUGACCCCCAGAAAGUUUAAACAUUGGUUGUCCUUUGUAAUACCUGCUUCAGAGGUGAAAAAAAGACAUGAAACUAAUUUAUUUACUUGAAAUAUGAGCUUGCGCUGAACCAAGCUAAUUAGCUGUAAGAUGACGCUACAUUUAACGGCAACAAUCUAACAGCCAAUUGCUGUGGAUAUGGAAUUUAAUAUUUUAGAUAAAGUCUGUAAGUUCUCUGACAUUCAGCGAUAAUGCAUCUCUGCUGACCUCCUUAUUAUCAUUCUCCUCACACCUAGUCUUCUCCAUUUAUAAUAUUUUUAAAAAGAUAUAUGAUUAUAUCUUAUAAAUGCACUACAUAAGCAUACUUUAAUGUAAGCUGUAAUUUUACUCAAGUACUAACAGGGUUCUCUGCAAAUUUUGUUUAAUAAACUUGACUCUGGAGCAGAUUCAGCUUUUUAGGAUCACUUUUAAACUUAGUGUAUAUCAAGAUCUUUCCCUGUGCCCUAGUAAGAUGAUGAAAAUUAUAGUGGGAUGGAAGUGAAAUUAGGGUUGUAAUGAGCAAACGUUUUAUUGAAGCAGAAUCUUUUAAAGCCAAAUUUAACAAAUUUUGGACUGUAUUAGAAUGAAUGAAACUCAGAAAUGUGAUAAUGUUCCAUCAAAGCAUUCCUGGUUUCUAUAAGUAUUCACAUUGAUUAACUCAUUCAUUGAUUAACGUGGGCUAUGUGCAAGAUGUUUAGUUUUCAGCAAUACUUGUUGUAGUUCAGCCAUAACUUGAUGCUCACUUUAAACUGAUAUGAUUCAAGUGUGUAUGUUUUGUAAUCAUUGUCUUGAAAAUCGUUUACAUCUUAAAUCAGUAUUACAGCAAACGGUAUCUUUGAAGGAACUGGUAACACUACUUUAAAGGACAUGAACAAACUUAACAGCUUGCUGUUUAGUAGCCUUGAUAAGGUGCUGAUUUCUAAAAUAUCUAAACUGAGCACGAUAUCAGACUAAAUACUGCUGCUGAAGUCUGGUCUCUAAUGGAUAAUAUCAGUUUAGGAAUAUGGAUUGAAGUGUCAGAAGCAUCACAAAUUCUGUGAUUUCAUUUUCCCAGCUUGAUAAUAAUUAAGUAAAUUUAAGGGAACAGGUUUGAGUGCACCCCUGCUCUCUGAUAAAUACAACAGAAUAUAAGGGAUAAGACUUUAGCCUUGGUUGAGUUAAUACCACUCUUGGUUCAGGGUCUGCAGGUCGUGGGUUCAAGCCCCACUUCAGAGACUUGAGUGCAUAAUCAUUGUUGGCAUCUCAAUAUGCUGGAGGUGGUACUAUUGGAAAUAUUUGUACUUUCUUUCAGGUCAAUUUUGAACAGGGAUCUCAUCUGUGCUAUUUUUUUAAAAAGUAAGGUGAUCCAUCCUGGCUAAUUUUUGCCCCUUCUUUGGUACAGUUUGGCUACCACAUUUCUGAAGUCACCCAUUGGCUGAGAUGUCCCGAACAUAUAAAUGCAACUUCUUUCUUUCAGCUUUACACAGCAAUAAAAUGUCCUUUCUCCAGUAACCACACUCAACAACAUCAGACAGGAUUAAUUAUUAGCUACUUUCAUGGCCAAUGCUCAUUUUCCAUGAAACUUUCCACUGUCACAAUUUAUUUUUGUUGGUGAGGUAAGUUUUUUGAGCAGUGCAACUGACUGGUAGUAAUUUCAUUGCAUAAAUUUAAGAUGAAGGUAACGUUUUUAAUACAGUUUGCAGAACAUGGGGUGAAACCUUCAGCAAAUGUAACACAUUGCUUCUCCAUUUUCAUAUAUAACACUUUGAGUACUUCAAAUAGCUAUUCUGCCCUGAUAAUGUUAUCAUUAUUUAAAACAUUGUUAUUUGGUUUGAUAGGGGAACGUUACAUUUAGUCAUUGUUACCUCUAAAUGAAUGCAUACUUGCCCAUUGCAUUCAAAAUUAAUUCCAGUACCCCACUGUGAUUUUGAAGAGAAUUAAAGCCUUUCACUGAUAAUAUUUUCAAAUGAAAUUAUUCCAUCUGCAAGAAUCUUUUGAGUAAAUUGAGGUCAUAACAGUCUACUGCACUUCAAAAUAGUUUAGGCAUUUUAGAAUGUACCUCUGAGACAUGAGGUAUUAUAUAAGCUCAGGCCGUUUUAUUCCCAAAUGAUCUUUAACAAUACUCAGCAUUUUUUGUUAUUAACUAUUAUUUAUGUAAAUCUCCAGUGUCAGUUCAACAGUGGGUCUUCAAAUUUUAAGUUGAAAUCUCCAGGUUUACCUUGGUUUUUCAAAUGUUUGUGGAAAAUGAGGAAUAGAUAGUGCUUAUUUGAUUAUGUCUUAUUAGCCUGCUUUGACAUUCACCUGUUUUAAUUGGCUUCCUAACCAACUGCUAUACAUUUGUAAAGUAGAAAGCUUGUUUCCUGAAAUCUUGACUUGCAGUUCCAACCACCCCUCUUCCAUCCCUAAUGUAUUGUUGGUGAAUUUACCCUGAUGCUGAGAAUAUUUCUUCUCCCCAUCAUCCCGAAUAUAGAGUCAUAGAGUUAUACAGCACGGAAACAGACCCUUUGAUCCAGGUUGUCUGUGCUAACCAGAUAUCCUAAACUGAUGUAGGCCCAUUGGCCUGUAUCCCUCUAAACUUUUCCUAUUCGUGUUCCUAUCCAGAUGCCUUUUAAAUGUUGUAAUUGACCUCUCUCCACCAUUUCCCCUGGUAGCUCAUUCCAUACACGCACCACCGUCUGCCUGAAAAAGUUGCCUGUCAGGUCCCUUUAAAAUCUUGCCCUCUCACCUCAAAUCUAUGGCCUCUAGUUUUGGACUUCCCUACUCUGCAAAAAGGACCUUGUUAUUCAUCCUAUUGGUGCCCCUCCAUUAUUUUAUAAACCUCUAUAAGGUCACCCCUCAGCCUCUGCCACUCCAGGGAAAAAAAAAUGCCCCAGCCCAUUCAUCCUUUUCCUAUAGCUCAAACUAUCCAAUCCUAGCAAUAUCCUUGUAAAUCUUUUCUGAACCCUUGAGCACCUUUCUAUAGUCGUAGUUUUGUACUUUUUCCUACCAUUUGAGUGUGCAAUAACUAUCAUUAUGCAAAUACCAUUACAUUCCCUAACCCACGUCAUUUGUAUUAUUGAAGUUUCUCAGAGCCAAACAUUCCCCAUAAAGUAUUUUAAACACUGCCAAAACUAGUGACACCAUUUCUAUCCAUUUGAAGGUUUUGUAAUAAAUCAAAUUCUCUUGUUUUGAAAUUAUAGUUAGUUUUCUUAAAGUUUGUUCAUGUUCCUUUAACAUAGUGCUGUCAAGAAAAUUGAAGAAAUGAGUUGUAAAGCUUGGUUAAACCAAAAUACAUUGUCUGCAAAUAUUUGCAAUGAAGAGUAUUGAAGUUUAGUAGAACAGAAAAUGAAGUGUUUUUGCACAGUUAUUCACCAGUGCUGCCUUUUAAAAAUUGAAUAAGUGGAGAUGGUAAUGUCACUAAAUUCGUAACACAGAGGGCGAGGCUCAUACUCUGGCAGUGGAUGGAAUUGAAAUUCAGUUUAAUAAUUGAAAACUAGUCUCUAAGGAUCCAUCUAGUUCCUUUAGAGAGGGAAAUCUGCCAUCAGGCCUACAUGUGACUCCAGGCCUACAGCAAUUUGCUAGUUAAUUAACUGCUCUCCAAAAUAGUCCACCAAGCCACACAGCUGAAGGACAGUGAGGGAUGGGCAACAACCUUACUGGCAAUGCCCAUAUCCCAUAGAAGAGUAAAACAUGUUUAAAAAUGGUAUUUAAGCAUUGACUGUAGAAAAUGUGUUUUUCCAUCACAGGUUAAUAUUUUUGCUUUCAGUUAGAGGAGAAGGAACAAUGGUAAGUGGGAAGAAGAAUUUAAAACCUGUUUUAGAACAUGUCUAAAGGUCCUCUUGUUUUUUGGUGGAGUACUUUGAAGAAAGUAAACUUUCCUUCUCCUUUCUGAGUUAAAAUUUGUACUGCAGCAGUGAGAGUAAAUAGUUAUAUAGUGUAAGUAUUUGAUGCUAUGAGUCUUUUUUAAAGACUUGUAUAAUUAUAACAAUACAAAUGGAGGAUCUAAUAAUUUUCUGGAUUGUGGUUUUGGUUUAAAUGAGCAAUGUGUAUUUUCUUCAGUAAUAGCAUUGCUCUAUAUUUUUCGCAACAUGUUAAAAAGCCAUUUCUACAGUAUGACAAUCAUUUAAAUGUAUAAAAUAAACUGAAAUUUAUUUUAAUAAUCCUUGAGAUUAAAAAUGAAGUGUUUAAUUCAUGGUCUGGAGCUGAAAUAUUUAUAGUGUAUAAGCUAUUUAAAAUUUUUGAAGGAUUUUGUUAUACAACGUUAUACAGAAAAUGCCAUAUGAAAGUAUUAAUGCAUGAAAACUAAUAGGUAAUUCUCAAAUUAAAUUGAAGUCCAUUUUUAGAAUGUAUGACAGUGUACUGCUGAGCUGAAUGCUGUUUGCCGUUUCAGCUCUACUUUUGUUCUUUAUUUUUGUACUUUGUGCACACAAGGCCUAUCUUUUAUAUGAAGUCAUUUGUAUAUCUUCAGUAUUACAUUGUAGGUGCCUUCUAUAAGAUUUUUCAAAAAUGGAAUACAAUUUUAGAUUUUGUAAACAUGUAGGCACUUAUUGUAGACCUCAGUUUAUCAUAGUACAAGGACUUGUUUUCCUUAGAAAAAUAUUAGUAUUUAUGUUACACAUUUAAAUCCUAUUAAAGGAAUAUUUUAAAAGAA